CACCCCGGCUGCUUAUAACAGCGCGGGUCGGGAAGCAUUUUAGACACACACUUCUCUAGAGGGCCUCCAUCAUCAGAGACCACCAGCUGAGAGGAGGAGAGGUCCGGCCUCAGAGACAAAGCGAAGACCCUUCGAGGGACGCGUCCCAUUUCUUUUGUUCCGGGGCACUGAUCAGUCAAACUGGCGGCAGACGAGACGAAGGGCCUGUCGGAGGAGGGCGAGGUCGAGGGCGGAGGAGGAGCAGGCUCCCCGGGGCCCCGCGGAAGGGUGGUGCGUGUGGAGCUGGAGUGGGAGAUCCCCAUGUCGGUGACACUGCCCGUGCAGGUGGAGCCAGAGCCGGCGCACCAACCGUUCCCCUUCCUGGACACGACACUGGCCGACCUGGGCAUCCAAGAGUCAGACGUGAAGGAGCGGGUGGUGUGGGUGGACACCAAGAAGACCCAGGUUAAGAGCAAAGCGGGGAAGCUGAAGGAGAAGGAGAUCACCGUCCUGGAGGUGAGGGUGAAAGCCCAGAAGCCCGGAGACCAGGCGCUGCAGGAGGUGCUGUACAGCACCGAGGCGCACACCGACCGCUCCUUCUGCCGCACGGGGAUGAACAUCUUGCCCUGGAAGCACACGUGCGCAGGGGAGCCGGGCCAGAGGACCAUGGCCCUGGACACGGAAAACCAGCAGCCCACAGCAACACCGGACAUCUGACGAGCCACAUCCGUAACAUCUGGAGCAGAACGCGUGAAUUACCGAGCAGAACACACACGCGUCCACCCCGAAGCACAUUCUUAAAUCAAUUCCAGGACUCAAGUCUGCAUUUAUUGAGAGGAUUCAGUGUCCUUAGUUUCUUUCAUUGACCGCACGGCAGAACUUGCCAACAUCACAUUCAAUUUGGUAACCUUUGUAAAAACGUCUGACACUUGUCAAAUAUGUGUUUUGGGUUAUAGUGGCAUAGCUUUUUUUGCUUGUUUCUUUUAAUAGUGCAGAUAUGGUUACUGCUGCAUUCAGCCUCGAGCACAGCUGAUCAUUGCUUUUAAAACACACACAGCAAAGUCAGAAGCUUUUCCAAACAGGGGCAGAAAGGAGAAAUGAAUACCAGCUUUACAGAAGGUACCAAACAACGCGAACACAGGGCGGUAAACCAACUGUUUGAAACAAUAAAACUUUAGCAUAGAACAAGCAAUAAAUUAAAAGUGAAAACUCAGAAGAAUUACUCAAAUUUAAUAACUAUAAGAUUGAUGAAGUGCUGUAUUCAAACCGUUUUGAGAGAUGUUGAAAAUGCCCAUCCCUUUUUCCACCUACGUAUAAAAAUGUAUUGUUUUAGCUGGUUUCACACAGAGUGGAAGGAUGUGUGUGGGCUAUGAGGUGGACACGGCCGCGCCGAGUUUGGCCUGCUGCUCUACAGGAAGUGAGGUCACAGCUGCUUGGAAGUCUGCGGAGUGUUGCAGGGCAAAUUCUUUCAUCAGCACGACCAAAAUGUGCUCCGUCUCUGUGGAGGAGAGGUAUAAUAAUGGGUUUAAGGAUGGCGGCAAAACAUCGACGCAAUUGAAGAAAACAAGGCGCGGUAAAUGGAGCCCGGUCGCAGAGGGAUUUUCACCUUUAUCGACAUCCUUUGAGCCGAGGACGUGACUGGAAGCCGCAACAAUGGGCUUCAUCAGGUUCACAACCUGAGGGCAACAAAAAGACUUAUUAGAAAACACACAUCGUCCGGAGCGUCGUGGAUACAUUAGAUGUUUGUUAGAAGUGAUUGCUCUUUAUUAAACGUUGCCCCUCCACUGUCAUCUAAAUGUCUGAGUUGAAAUAUGCUGUAUGCCUGAAUAUUGUGAUGCAAUAAUACUUUAUAAAAACAUGCAACAAAGA